AUGUGUGCAGCAUAUAGUCCUCAUGUGUCUUCUGUAGUUGACGAACGUAAACAGUGUGAAAAGUCUUUCACUGAGAAGAAAUACCCUGUCGUCCCUCAGAGAACACACACAGGAGAGAAACCUUAUAAAUGUAACAUGUGUCAAAAGUCUUUCACCCAGAAAUCAAAGCUUACUGUCCACCAGAGAACACACACAAAAGAGAAACCUUUUGAAUGUAACAUUUGUGGAAAAUCUUUCAUAUGCAAGGCAUAUCUUACUAGACACCAGAGAACACACACAGGAGAGAAACCUUAUGAAUGUAACAUGUGUGGAAAGUCUUUCACCUGGAAGACACACCUUACUGUCCACCAGAGAAUACACACAAAAGAGAAAAUUUUUGAAUGCAACAUUUGUGGAAAGUCUUUCUCCUGGAAGGCAUAUCUUACUCUCCACCAGAGCACACACACAGGAGAGAAACCUUAUGAAUGUAACAAGUGUGGAAAGUCUUUCACCCAGAAAUCAAAGCUUACUCGCCACCAGAGAACACACACAAGAGAGAAACCUUAUGAAUGUAACAUUUGUCAAAAGUCUUUCACUGAGAAAUCAAAGCUUACUCGCCACCAGAGAACACACACAAAAGAGAAACCUUUUGAAUGUAAUAUUUGUGGAAAGUCUUUCUCCUGCAAGGAAUAUCUUACUCUGCACCAGAGAACACACACAGGAGAGAAACCAUAUGAAUGUAACAAGUGUGGAAAGUCUUUCACCCAGAAAUCAAUGCUUACUCGCCACCAGAGAACACAUACUAGAGAAAAACCUUAUGAAUGUAACUUGUGUUGAAAGUCUUUCACCCAAAAAAGAAACCUUACUGUGCACCAGAAAACACACACAUUAGAGAGACCUUAUGAAUGUAACAUGUG